AAGAAGCAGAAGAAGUAGGAACAGCAGAAGAAGAAGAAGUAGGAGCAGCAGAAGAAGAAGAAGUAGGAACAGCAGAAGAAGCAGGAGGAGAAGAAGAAGCAGAAGAAGUAGGAACAGCAGAAGAAGCACGCCUUGUUUCUCUUGAACGACUCAAACCAUGGAUCCGCUGUUCAGCCCUCCGCUGCACAAACAGAGACACGAAUUUGUCAUCGAUUUUAUCCUGAAGAACAAACCCAGAAAGGUGGUGGACCUGGGGUGCAGUGAGUGUGCCCUCCUCAAAAAGCUGAAGUUUCAUCAUGACAUUGAACUGCUGGUUGGAGUGGACAUCGACAAAACAGUGCUUAAGAGGAAGAUGCAUGGGUUAGACCCACUCACAAGUGACUAUCUGGUGCCUGGUUUUGAUCAGCUGAAGAUUGAGCUGUACGAGGGCUCAGUCACCCAAAAAGACUCCCGCCUCCGAGGAUUUGAUCUGGCGACAUCUAUAGAGCUCAUAGAGCACCUCCAUCUUGAUGAUGUGGAGCGGUUCUCGGAGGUGGUGUUUGGUUAUAUGGCCCCGGGGACGGUUAUCGUCAGCACCCCAAACUCUGAGUUCAACCCCCUUCUCCCGGGACUGAAAGGCUUCAGGCACAGGGACCAUAAGUUUGAGUGGACCAGAGCUCAGUUCCAGUCCUGGGCUCUGAAGGUGUGUUUUCAGCAUGGUUACGAGGUGCAGUUCACUGGUGUGGGAUGGGCGCCGCCGGGCCUGCAGGACAGAGUCGGCUUCUGCUCCCAGAUUGGUGUGUUUCAGAGACGCUACACAAGAGAUGACGUGUUGCCCAGGGAGAAUGCUCAGGUCUUUUCACAUACACUGCUAUACAGCAUAACCUACCCCAGUCUGCAUGACAACAACAUCUUGCGGAGGACCCUGGUUAGCGAGCUGCUGUACUGGUCAGAGGAGCUGAAGAGGCGAUGGAUGCAAGGGAGCGGCGAAUGGGAUGAAGCCUCUGCACUCUAUGAGACCAAGGGAGGAGAAGACGAGGACUGUCUCUCAGAGCAGAAGACAGAUGUGGAGGAGAUGGAGAUAGAUGGAGAAGAGAUGAUGUAUCCAGUGGAGUUCGGGGCAGAUGGCGAGAGACAGCAGGAGAUUUACAGAGAGGGCCGGUGUGUGUGUGUUCCCCUGGCCAGGCUGUGGUCCACCUGUCCCAAAGUCAGAGCCCUGAGCGGAAGCAUCUGUAACCUCAGACGCCUCCUGCUGGAUGAGCCCUCAGUUGAACUGUCCUGGGACGGCUCUGCUCUGCGACUAAAUGACCAGGAGCAAAUACCAGAUGAGGAGGAAGAUGACUAUAACUUGGAUGAUAUGAGAUGCACAGGUAUCCAGUGCUCCCAUGGUGCUUUGCAGCAGGAGGACUGGGAGGCAGAGCUCUUAUAACAAAGACAGAGAAUACAGCUGCUGCCACGAUCAGUGAUUCGUUCAAAUGUAACAGCAGGACUAAUGAGCAAAUACACUGUUUUCCAGCUCACGUUCCCCUACAGUCAUUUACAUGGGAAUGGAUAUGAAAAUUUAUGCUACAAAAUGGCUAUUAAAUCUUUUUGGGUCACAGCUGGACAGUACAACUCAUUUGGGAUUUUGACUAGACUGCACAACUACACCCUCUGUUCUACAAGAGUUUGAAGUUUGUGCCAGUCUGUUGAUCUGGAGUUUUCUGUUUUUCUUCUUCCUGUGUAAGAGAAUUUGUCACUUGCACAAUUUUUUUUUGUCAAGUAGCAUAGAGUCACGUUAGCACAUCUUGAAAAUAAAACCUUACUUAGGA